GUAAUACCCAAGAAAUAUUUUCCUCAUUUACUUGUGUUUUCAAUUGGGUUGGUUCGAUCUUUCGUGUUCAUGUGAAGAAGAUUGAAGGAUGGCAUCUCUUCCACAUGGAAACACUGCAUAUUGUAAAAGGGGACCUGUUUCGUCUAUGGGUAUCUCGGCUCUUCCAUUGACACAACUGAGGGUCAGAGCUUUUGAUGGUUUGGUGAGAGGAAGAGGUGUAACUCACAGCUUAUGUAGAAAGGAGACAUCCCUUUUCUGGGGUAAAUGUGGAGUCCACAACAUGAUGUUAAAAAAGGAGAUCAUUAAUAUCCCCAGAAGUAGCAGUUCUUCCAACUCUAAUGGGGAAGAAGACAACUCCCCUGGUAACACCAAGCAAAAAUCUUUUGGAUACUCAAGGAAGGAUGUUAUAUUGAUCGGAGUUGGAGUAACUGUUAUAGGCAUUGGCUUGAAAAGUGGAUUAGAGUUUGUUGGAGUCGAUCCUUUGCAAGCAGGGAAUGUGGUUCAACUGGUACUGGUGUUGGGCCUUACAAUUGGAUGGAUUUCUACUUAUAUUUUUCGAGUUUCAAAUAAGGAAAUGACAUAUGCACAGCAAUUACGUGACUAUGAAAAAGCAGUCAUGGAGAAGAGGUUAGAAGGCCUAACUGAAGCAGAACUAGAAGCAUUGCUCGAACAAGUUGAUGAAGAGAAGAGGCGCCUUGGCGAGAAAGUGAACUAAAGACUUAAAGCGAUUGUGUAUAUAGAGAGGUAGUGAGCUUAUAGUUAUAUUAUGAAAGUUUCCUCAAUUAUACUCUGAUAAAACCACAGGCAAAGCAAUAGGUAAUGUCCAAUUCACUUCAUUACAGCACUCGGAACUUCCAAAGAUUUAGGAAUGAUUUGAUUAAAAGGGACAUUUAUUGUAUGAACGAUGAACAAUUUGUGCUUACAAUCAAGUGGAAUGUAGAUAGAUUGUACAACAUUACACAGAAAAUGU